AUGCCGUUGUCUCGAGUCUCAAAGGCCGCAAGUCCCGGUUUAGAUGAAGCACACAAGCUUAUGGAUCACUACUUUCGUUUCGCCAUGCCAACGUUCCGCUUCUUUCAUCGACAGAGUCUAGAGCGCUGGAUGGCGGAUUAUGUCCAUCGCCAGCCUCUACCAGCGGCUAAGGCGGCAAGUGUCCUCAUCGUUUGGGCCCAAGCUCUCAUCUCCUAUCCAGACGACUCGAUUGGCGACUUACAAGCAUCUCAAAGGGGUGCAUCGUAUUUUGAGCAGGCUCGCACACUCCUAAACAGCGAGCUGGGGCCAAUGACUCUUGCAUGCGUCGAAGCUCGUUUGGCUAUGUGCCUCUAUCUCCUAUGCGUCUCACGGAUUGUGGAAUGCCGCUUUCUGUUCUCAUUCACCCACGCCCUUGCCAUCUCAAUGGGUCUACAUCGAAAGGCGUCUAGACGGCUGAAGCUGGCUGCAUUUCAGCAGGAGCGCAGAAAGCGAGUCUUUUGGUCACUGUAUAUUGUCGACAGCUAUCUUAGCGUCAUGCUCGGUCAGCCUCGCCAUCUGCGUGAUGACGACCUCGACCAGGAGUACCCAGUCAACAUCGACGACCUGGUCCUGGACGCAGCCACUGAUCUCUCUCAAGUCCCUCAUCACGGCAAUAUAGAGGCAUUCAUCUACCACGCCAGACUAGCUCGGCUCUUCACCCGCAGCACUGACGUGCUCUAUCCUAUUCAUGACAUUAGCAGCGAAGACAUCGUUCAAAGAGGCGAGUCGAUAGUCGCAGCCUUGGACGGGUUGGAGCAGGAGCUGCCCACCUUCUUGAAACCACGCUUGACUGCAGCCAUCGGGGUCCAAACUUGGGACCGGCAGAACUCGGUGCUCAGUCUAGGCUUUGCUCAUGCUCGCAUCAUUGCCACCCGCAGAUCGCUCCUCGUCGACACAUUCAAGAUCUCUUCAGACACCGAAAUGCAUCAACGCCACGAAUCGUGCAUGCGUGAUUGUCUAGAUGCCAUCAUCAACGUCCUUGAUCACGUUUUCUCGAUGCUGCAGCACGGACGCUUACUCUCCACCUUCUGGUUGACGCAGUACAUCGCAUUAUGCGCCAUCUCGACGUUGUUCGUGUAUCAGAUACAACAGAACCAAGGGAAGGUGCCGGUGCUCGCUCAAAGCCGCGACUUAACUCAAUACCUUAGCAAAGCACAAGAGAUUCAAGAGCACCUGGCCAAGAUCGUUCCACAGGGCUCACAAGCACAAAGACAUCACUACCUUUUGUCGAAGCUGAGGCAGCGGGCAAGUCGCAGCGCGUCAUCCUCGGUGACACCAGUCGAGGGACGGGCUCAGCAGAGCUCCAGAGUCCAGGAGGAGGAGGAACGGUACCCACCGAGCCCACAGCCUCAAACUCAGCCACCGGUCGAUAUGCCCGGUGGGAAUGACUUCACGGCGGUCAAUAUGUUCGAUCAUGACAUCCCCGACGCUGCCUCGUGGCUUUACUUGGACCAGCUGGGAAUGCAACCUGAUUUCCACGCAACAUGGCCACGUUAUUAA